AUGUCGAUCUCCGGUGCCGGUGAUGAUGAGACUGGAACUACAUUUUCAAAUGGUAUUGUGGAGUGCUCCGUCGAUUACCGAGGCAAGCCAUCCGUAAGAUCCUCCUCCGGUGGAUGGAGAUCCUCUGGCUUCAUCAUCAGUGCGGAAAUCUCGGAGAAAUUCGCCUACUUCGGUGUAGCCUCAAAUCUGAUAACCUACUUCACCGGGCCGUUAGAGGAGUCAACGGCGGCCGCAGCUUCAAACGUUAACAUCUGGCUUGGAACGGCAGCGUUUUUGCCUCUGAUAUGGGGCUCUAUCGCCGACUCGUUUCUCGGCCGUUUCCGUACCAUUCUCUUAACCUCUUCUCUCUACAUCUUGGGACUAGGGCUGCUUACAUUUUCAGCAACGAUUCCUUCUCUCUGUAGAGAUCAAGAACCAAACGCCUCGUGCGUUUCUCAGCUCGAAGUAACAAUAUUUUUCUGUGCUCUGUAUAUAAUAGCGAUAGGCGAAGGAGGCUUCAAGGUAUGUCUUAGAGCUUUUGGAGCAGAUCAGUUUGAUGAACAAGACCCUGAAGAAUCCAUAUCCAAGAGUGUUUACUUUAACUGGUCGUAUUUUGCUAUAGCAACUGGCACAUUGUCCACACGGUUGAUCUCUAAUUAUGUUCAAGAGAAUCUUAGUUGGGCUUUAGGAUUUGGGAUUCCUUGUCUUUCAAUGAUUCUUGCUCUAUUCUUGUUCUUACUUGGAACCAACACUUACCGUUUUAGCACCGGAGGAGAAGGAAGAAAGCAUAAUAACCCUUUUGUUAGAAUUGGCCGUGUUUUUGUCGCCGCAGCUAAACGUGCGAUUCAGCUGAAGUUGAGGAAGCAAAAGCUGUGUUAA